GAGUUCUCCUUUACAUCUCUCUCGGCUGUUUUGGUCAGGAAAGUUUGUUUACCUGUAACCGUAACUUAUUUACUGCUAAAGCAAAAAUACUGUUUGCUAAGAGCUAAACUUAUUUACUAUUCGCAUUUAUUUUAAUAAAUCGACCCUUUAAAUUUUUUGAUUAAAAUUCCUUAAGAUGGAAGUACUAUCAAUUAACUCUGAUUCGAAACUCACAGAUGUAUUAAAUCAAAAUGCUGAGAGAUUAACAGUUCUGUACUUUUAUGUUGAAGAUUCUGCAGAAUGUCAUCAGAUGAGUGAUGUUGUUACUGAACUAAGUAAAGACUCUAGAUUUAAAGAUAUUACUUUAGGGAAAAUUGAAGCUACCAAAUGUGAAGGAAUUGCUAAAAGAUAUGAUGUUACUAGUGCACCAACUUUCAUUUUUAUUUCAAAAAAAUCAGUUGCUGAUAAAUUAAUUGGGGCCAAUGUUCCAGCAUUCUCAAAAAAACUAAAAGAAAAUUUAGAAAAUAUUCAAGCUAAUGAUAGUGAAGAAGAUUUGGAUACAAGAUUAAAAAAAUUAAUUAAUAAAGCCCCUGUUAUGCUUUUCAUGAAGGGAAACCCAACUGGUCCAAGAUGUGGCUUUAGUAAACAAGUGAUUGCUCUUUUGAAUAGUUAUAAUGCUAAAUAUGAAACAUUUGAUAUUUUAGAAGAUUUUGAAGUUAGAGAAGGACUAAAGACAUUUUCAAAUUGGCCUACUUAUCCUCAGUUGUAUGUGAAAGGGGAUCUUAUAGGUGGUCUUGAUAUUUUAAAAGAACUUUCUGAGAGUGGUGAAUUGAAAGAUAUUUUGGCUGCCUAAAAAUUAUUUGAAUAAGCUUAUUUUUCUCAAUCUUCAUGAUAGUUGGAUAUUAAGAUGCUGCUAAACACAUGUUAAAUGGAAUUGUAGAAAGAUUUUGCAUUCUUUUUCAUGUAAUCUUUUUCAAUAAAUGUGAAAUUGUUUCUUUUUA